AUGUCCGACGACAAAAUCCACCACAUCACCUCCUCCGCGGAAUUGUCCGCCCUCUUCUCCUCAAACACGUAUGUCGCCGUCGACUUCUUCGCAGACUGGUGCUCCCCUUGCCGUGCCAUCGCUCCUGUAUUCGCCCAGUUGGCCGCCCGCCACUCCGUCGAUGGCCAGCUAGCCUUUGCCAAGGUCAACGUCGACCACGUCCGCGACGUAGCCGCCCAGCACCGCGUUACUGCCAUGCCCACCUUCCUCUUCUUCAAGGAGGGUCGUCAGGUCGCUGUCAACGGACAGGCUGCCAUCCAGGGUGCUGAUCCGAGAACCCUGGGUGCUGCGGCGGAAAAGCUCGGUGGUCUGGCACAGAAGCGUGCCGCCGAGGCAAAAUAG